GGUGAAGAAGUUGAUAUGGCAGGCCGGGAUGCAGAAGUACAGUGGCUGGGUGAAGCUUGUAGGAGGCUAGGAUGGGCACCAGAGACUAAAUUCAUAGCAGCAGCACUUCUAGACCGCCUGCUGCACUGUGUCAGAAUUCCACCACGCUACCUGCAUGCUGUCACAGCUGCUGCUGUCUUCCUUGCUGGCAAGAUCCAUGAAGAAGAUGAAAAUGUACCAACAACAAUAGAAGUAGUGGAACUAAGUGGCAUGAGGUGCUCACACCGAGAAUUGCUGCGAAUGGAGCGAGUUUUGCUUGAUAAGCUGUCAUGGCACCUGCAGUCUACUUCCACGCUAAACUUCCUACAAGUUCUACAUGCCCUUGCCAUCGUCACUGCCCCUAAACACCACCAUGCCAACAGGAGUGGGUCACCUACACGUCAGUUGAGCUACUUAACUGACCUGCUAUGGCGAGUGGUGUGUUAUGCUCGUAGUGGGAGUGUGAGACCGUCCCUCUUGAGCCUAGCACUGCUGUCCCUUGAAUUGGAUGCUUCAACUCCUGAGCCAGGCUUGAUGCUAUGGCUCCAGGCUCUCACACAGGUGAGUGACAGUGAACUUGCCAAUGGUCGAGAAUUGGUACAGGAGCUCUUAGGAGAAGAAUUUUACCAACCACAAACUCUCCACACCCCAUCAACGAACACCCAGCACAUUCCUCCUUCCAGACCCAAUAAACGAAAAGUUACACAGUCACUAAAACAAGAUGAUGAUGUGUAUGUAGAUAUCAAGAAACUCUACGCUUAUGAAAAGACUCGAGGUGCAACAGCGAUAACUGUCAAGGGUCCCCCAGAUAGUCAAGAGGAAUUGGAUGAAACAUAUAUUGAUAUUCGUCAUCUUUACUCCUCACCUGUUCCAUUGAAAGAUGAAUCUCUUCAGUCAUCCCAGCUGACAUUAAUCAAAACUCCCAAUUGCAAAAAGAACUGUAGCUCAAAGAAAAAGAAGAAAAUUAAGCCAACAUUUAAAGCCAAGGCAACAGUGAGGAGUUCUCUUAAACAAACACUCAAAAUUCCCUGUAAAAUUUCAUUGAUUGCUACCAAGAAGAUAUUUGAAGAACCUUGUGAUGAGGAAGAGGAGGAGGAGGAAGAGAUUGAUAUGGAAUAUGAAGAUCACAACCAAGACUGGGAAGGACCACUUAUUGAACCAGCAGGACUCCUCAAAUCACCUGUUUUCUCCCCCACAAGUCCAGAGUUUCCUGACAUUCGACAUCUAGUUGUUAAGAAAGAAGAUAUGUGUUGGCACCAACAUGCUCAAGAGGUUGCUGAGCAGGUGUACCGCCCAUUAACCUAUGCCCAAGUGUUGCGCCUUCACCUCACGCCCCUUACUCGAGCCCUUGGUGUAUAGAGCAUCCUAUCCUUACAGGUUCUUUUGUGACAUGCUAAAGAAAAUAUUGUUAUUAGUGGGACACUACCUACAAAUCCUAUUGUGCAGUUCAAUAGUUGUCUUGAUUGAAUUUUCUUUGAUAGCCACUUAAGUACCAAUACAUUGUCUGGUUGCUAUGUAAAAUCUUAUAUUUGACCAAGAAUAUUGUCAUGUAAGUUUUCAAUCACUGCCAGGUCCUCAGGUGGCAGUAUAUCAUGCUUUAGUAUAAAUCUGAACCUUCUUUGUAUAGGUACCAUAGAGGCACUGAUUGCAAAUUGCAGUCAGUUACCUUUUCCUCCCAUAGAUAAAACUGUUCAUAUAGAAUUAAAAUUCUUCCUCAUGCUCAAUUAUAUUAUGUAAAAAAUCAUACAUUAGGUAAUCAAAUAUUCCCACUAGUCAAUUUUUUUUUUCUUCAAAAAAAAUGGCCUUCAUUUAAAUUUUUUAAUAUUGUAUAAAGUAAAGAAACAUUACUUUAAAUAUAAAAUAUCAAACCAAUAUUCCAAUAAUUUUUUUAUACAUAUGAUAUCUGAAGAAAACAUUUUGCAAAUAAAGGUAACGAAUAUUAAGUUUCAUAAGUGUUAUGUAUUGUUGCAUGGUGCUAGAGUCAUAAAUAUGAUACAGGUAUUAAAGCCCUUGACAUCUGCAAGUUAUAAAAUAACAAGGAAUAAAAAUGUUGUAUAGAAAACUGUCUUUAAAAAGACAUUAAAUAGGGACCCCAAGAGGAGCUAUGUACAAAAAUUGCAAUUAUUACAGUGAUAUGUUUAAAUAUAUUAUAGUUAAGGGCUUCUCAUUGAUAACUUAUUAUAUGUAUACAUAGUUUUUAUGUAUUUGAUGUGUCAAAGCAAGGAGACUGAAUUGUGAAAUAUAACCUCCUUGUAUUCAACUGUUUAUAGUACUGGAUGUAUGUAGCAUAGUGCAUUCCACUAAUGUUUUAUUAUGUACAGUUUUAAAUUAUUUCAAGAUGCUAACUUUUGUGUCAGUAUAAUUCAUUACAUGUAUGUCCAUUAUCAUUUGGUGCUUUAUAGUUUAUUCUUUCCUAUUCAAGACCAAAAUAUUUUUUCUUAAUAAGCCAACCUAUUUUUAUUAGUAACUAUGAGGCUAGAGUAUUAUUUGUUGGUAUUUACAAAGAUUUUUACCUGAAGGCAGUGAGGAUUUCCCUACCAAUAUUAUCUGCUAUGUAGCUAGUACAGUACUAGUAUAAGAUGAGUACCUGGUACUUAGAAAACCUUCCAUUCCUAUUUCACUCUUUAUGACUCAUUAUAAUUUAAAUUUAAGCAACUAAUACAGCAAAAGCAUUCAUCAGUGUUGUCUAUAAGUAAAAUACUGUACAGUAUUUCAGUUUUAAGGCACUUGUACAGCACAGAGUGGUAUUAACCCUCAAACAUUUUGCUGUACAUAAGAAAUAUUUACAUGAGCCAUUAAGGCUGGAAGUUUGUGUUUGAUGCUGCUUGCUUUGACUAUCUCUGCUAUUCUAGUUGGUACAGUUACAUGUAAUUCUUGUACCUUCAGUUAAUUAUUCAGACAAUCAAAUCAAACUGAUUGUUUGUGAAUGCAUGAUCAUGUGAUUUUUGUUGAUAUACCAAUACUAAAAGUAUUGGUAAUACGGUAACAGACAUCUUUCAGUCCUAGAUGAAAAUGACGUUUACAUAAAACAUAAAGUCGAAUACUGUCCGUUGCAAUUCCUAUUCUGUACAUGUUUCAGACAUGAAUGAAAAUAGAAUUUACAGUACACAUGAACAAAAACUUUUUGUUACGUUUAUAUUUUUAUAACAUCUUUGUUUUUAAUUUGUUCAUUAUCAUCACCUAUGUUUUUCAUAAAUCAUGAGCUAAGGCUCAAACAAGACCAUAAGUAUUAGUGUAACAAGAACUUGUUUUUAUUACUGCACAAUAUGUAAUGAUAAUUUAGUAACUUAAGAGUAUGUUUGAUAUGUAUGAGGUAUUGGGAAAACAGAGGCUACUUUGAUUGUGUACAAUCCACUGAUAGAUGUUACUACAAUUACUGUACUUACAUUUUCUUUCACUUCAAAUUUAUUGAAUAUAAUAUAUUUGCAGUAUAACUGUUAGGAUUCUUGAUAUGUUCUUGCUGUAAUAACUUGAACUCUUACAUACUGCAGUUCAUUAUCAUUUAGAAGUUAUAUGCAAUAAUUUAGCUAGAAAGUUUAUGUAUCAAGCUAAAAUAGAUUAAGUUUCUUAAAUGUCUUGUGUAUAUAAGUUUCUUCUGUUUUAAAUGAGGUAGAGAAUUAAGAUGUUCGAGGAUAGUAAUAAACUAUGACUAGGUGGUAAUAUAGAUUCAACACUCUUUGAAGUAUUACUCUUAGAAAUCACAUUUUGUGCAUUAUUAAGGACUAUUUUUUCUUAAUUUUUUCAGUAGGUCUUUUGAGUUCCUUAUGCUGUUUUUGCUCAAGAGAAAAUCUGAAUACUUUAAUCUUUGCUAGUCCAUGAAGAAGCAUUCUUUACAGAGUAGAUCUUAAUAGUAUAUAAAGUGCAUUUAUUCAUUGGUGAUACAAGUGCUGGGCUGUCCUUAGAAAUAGAAUGUAUAGAAAAGGAUGAAUUGUUUGCAAUUUGUCUGGUUUACCAUGCAUUAUUAUAUAUGUAUAAAUCAUCAUCUUUCUUCUUUCAACACACCGGUUGUAUCCCACCGAGGCAAGGUGGCCAAAAAGGAAAAACGAAAGUUUCUCUCCUUUUAAAUUUAGUAAUAUAUACAGGAGAAGGGUUAGUCGCCUCUUACAACACGCAUGGCUUACAGAGGAAGAACAAUAUUCCACUUCCCCAUUGAGAUAAGGGGAAAUAAACCAGAACAAGAACUAGUAAGAAAAUACAAGAAAACACAGAGGGAUGUGUAUAUAUAUGCUUGUACAUGUAUAUGUAGUGUGACCUAAGUGUAAGUAGAAGUAGCAAGACGUACCUGAAAUCUUGCAUGUUUAUGAGACAGAAAUAAGACACCAGCAAUCCUACCAUCAUGUAAAACAAUUACAGGCUUCCAUUUUACACUCACUUGGCAGGACGGUAGUACCUCCCUGGGCGGUUGCUGUCUACCAACCUACUACCUACAUGUAUAAAUCUUUUUACAAAAUUUUUUCAAGUCAUGCUGACCCUUCCAGGUUCAGUGCUUCAUUUUGUUAUAAUAAUAAUUCUUGCUUUUCAUUAGCUUUGAAAGGAUGAAUGUUAAUUUCAUUCUGUGAUUGGACUAUAUGGUGUCGGGAAAAUAAUUGUAUACAUCAUGGAGAUACAGUGAAAAAUUGAAAGAUUUGGAGGAAAUAAAAAAGUGUUUAACUGGUGAAUAUGAGUGACUGCAUUGCAGGAUAUCUCUUUUUAGCUAAUUUUUUAAAAAAGUGUUUCUAGUAUUAUAGAAAUUUGAACAGUAGAGAAUGGUGCUUAUAAUUUGCAAAGUUAUUUGUGAAUUUCAUUAUUUUCUCCAGCAGUGUGUAACUUAUACACAUGAAUUAUGUCAGUAAUGACAAAAUUGAGUGAUGAAGAUGGGACACCAUGGCCAUAGCUCUGCUCUUGUAACUACAAGUAAUGACAAGUACAGUGUUUAACCCUUUCAGGGUCAACAGACCCUCUCCCAGACUUGUUCUCAGGGUCGACAAAUUUUCAAAAAAAAAAAAUUAUUUUUUUCUUAUGAAAAGAUAGAGAAUCUUUUCCCGAUCAUAAUGACACCAAAAGUAUGAAAUUUGAUGGAAAACUUAGGGAAUUAUGCUCUCGCAAAAUUAGCGGUAUUGAUGAUGUUUACGCAUCGGCGAUUUCGCCCACUUUGAGCCCUAUUUUCGGCCAAUUCCAGUGUACUAGUUGACAAAAAUCAUAACUAUUUCGCUAGAACUCCAUUUUUUCUAUCGAAUGAGUUCAAGAAACCACCCAUUUACCGAUUUCAACUAUCCAAUAAAGUGGUCAGAAUUUAGCAAUUUUGCCAAUUUCACACAAAUUUCAAAAGAUGCCAAUUUCCAAAUAGGGUCCAGAAUAAACAAGAAAGACAUUCCUGGCACUAAACAUUUCCUCUGUUCAUUAGUCACGUCCCCAUGCCCCUCUUACAUUCUUUUGCUUUCCACUUUGAAUUUUUUUUCUCACAAAAAAUAGAAGAUUUACUGUUAUGCAGACUACUGCAUUAGUGUAGAAAUGGAAUAAAUAAUAUCAGCACACUUGUGGAAGAAUAUUAGCCUCACCAGUUGACGUGUAUUGGACGCGCAGGAUGAUUUGUUUACUUUUGAACUUUGGCAAAAAUUGAAGAUUUCUGCUACUUUGAGCUCAAUUUCAAGGUACGUUUCAUUGUAAAACCAAUCAAAAUCAUCUCAAUUUCUGUAAUAUGUCUUCCAUUCUAUAAAAUGAGACCAGGAAAACUAAAAUACCAUCAUAAAUACCAUACGAAAAUACCAAAAACAAAAACACCGUCAAAGUUUUUUUCCUCGUUACGCACUGUGUGCUGCAGGAUUUUUUUUUAUACUGUGCACACUGACCACAUAGACCCAUUCUUUCAUAUGUAGGCCUACCAGCUUUCUCUCACUGGAUUUGAGGGCGCUAGAAUUUAGGCGUACUAGUACAGUGGUCCCUCGUUUUUCUUAAUUAAUCCGUUCCUGGAGGAGCUACUAUAAACAAAAUUUACGAUUUGCGAAUCAAUUUUCCCCAUAAGAAAUAAUGUAAACACAGUUAAUCCGUUCCUGACACCCAGAAGUAUUAAAACAAAAAAUUUUUUUACAUGAAAUAUACAUAUAGUACAUAAACAAUACAAUGGGAAAUGAUGAAUGAAAUAUUAACAGCAUAACACUUACCUUUAUUGGAGAUUCUUCUUAGUGUAUGGGAGACUGGAGGAGGAGAGAGAUUGGAUUGUUUACAGUUUGGAAGGGGAAUCCCCUUCCAGCAACACCUCAGGUACCAAUUGCUUCUCUGGGGUUGCUUCUCUUCUCUGUUUCUUAAUGCCACUAGGACCACCUUGAGAGUCACUCUAGUCCUGUCUCACAAAGUAACUGUGGAGAGAGCUCUGUUUCUGGCAUCUCUUUAACACUUCCUUAAAAUGGCCCAAGACUUUGUCACUACAUAUUUCUCACCUUCUUUACCACAGGCUUGGCACUAGGAGCUUUCUUUGGAGCCAUGGUAGCUUAUUUAGUAAUUGCAAGCACUAAAAUGAGUGGAAUAUUAUGAAAUAUUUCGUAGGAGCACUUGAGGGGACCUUCACUCACUGGUAAACAAUGCCAGACUGGCUGGGUAGGGAGGCUGCCCCGGCUCACACCGUGCGUACGCGUCCCGGAUGAACUACUAUUCGCGAGUCAACCUAUGAAAAGCGAGUCCAUGUUUAUACGAAAAUACCCCUAUGAUUGGCGAAAUUUACGAUUGCCGAGAACUACGAAAAGCGAGGGACCACUGUACGUGAAAAACCCUGGUGCGUAAGCUGUACUAUUACGUCAGAAACCCUGAAAGGGUUAACACACACACACACACACACACAUGUACACACUCGUGUGCUCUCGUUUUUUCUUUUUUCCAAGAGAUUUUUGGUGCCACUUUAGUGGAGCUAAACUAGCUUUCUUAGUGAAUUUUCAUAAGUUUGUUUAUUAUGCCUGACCCAACAUGUGUAAAACCAAUAGAAAAAAAAAGUGAGCAUGAAAAUAAUUAUGCUAAGUUAGUAGAAUCAAUUCUAAGGUAGAAAAAUAAUUAAGAUUUAGAUGUCAUAUGAAGUCAGAUGGGGGGAAAUAGAAAAGAAGAAAAAUAUUUCUCGAGUUAGAUGCCAUAUGAAGUAAAAUAGGAAAUAGAAAAGAAGAAAAAAAAAGUUUUCACAUGACAAGAAACUCGAAGAAUGAAGACAGAAUUAUGUAAAUUCAAGAUGGAUGAAGGUUAUGUUAGUACACACAGUGAUAUAAAUUAAAGAAGUAAAGGAAGAGAGUGCCCUGGCUAACAUAAAUAAGAGAGAUUAAAAAUGAAAUUGAAAAUUAGCAUAACUUGAAAAAAUAUCAACAGAAACAAAACUGUUACCAUUUUGACUGAUAGAACAUAAAUGUAUCAAGAGAAAGAGGAAAAAAAGUACAGGAAAUUGGUGAGAUCACAAAGUUCUUAACAGAAAAUUAUUUCAACAAUGAAGAGCACAUAGCAAAACGUAAAUCUGAAACUGCAAGAAAGAGGAACAAACUGUAAAAAAGAUAGGGACAAACCACUGUAAAUAACAUCUCUUCUGAAUAAACAAAGAACUGCUACAGAGAGUCAAGGAGAUAAACCAGAAAGAUGAUAUGACAUAACAAUCAGACAAGAUAAGACCUGUCAUAGACAAAAGAUAAACUGCCAAAAAAAAAAUGUAUAUACAGUGGUUCACAAUAAAAAAUAAUUUGUAAACUAAAAACAUAAGAGGCAUUAAUAACAAAUGAUUACCAUAUACAGUGGACCCCCGGUAUUCGAUGGCAUUGGUAUUCGAUAAAUCCGGUAUUCGAUGCAUUAUAUCGCAAAAAAUUUUCCUCGGUAUUCGAUACGAUUCGUACGAGACCUGUCCACAUGUGGCCUGAACUGCCCCUUGUGUGCCAGUGUUUACAAGCCAGCCAGUGUGCGCGCAUCUAAGGAUACAUUCGGUACAUUUCAUAUUAUCCAUGUGUUUGGUGCUUGUUUCUGCAAAAUAAGUCACCAUGGGCCCCAAGAAAGCUUCUAGUGCCAACCCUGUGGUAAAAAGGGUGAGAAUUAGUAUGGAAAUUAAGAAAGAUUUUGAAGGGUUUGGGGCUAACCCUGAGAAGCCUAUACCAGUUGUGGAAUACAUUGUGCCUACUUCAAAAAUUAAGGAAAUGUGUGCACAGUGGGUUGAAGUGCAAACCUUUAUGGAUGAAAAUCACCCUAACACAGCUAUUACAAUGACAAUGUUGUGGCCCAUUUUAGACAAAUCAUAAAGGAACGGGAGGUACAGAGCUCUAUGGACAGAUUAUUUGUGUGACAGAGGUCCAGUGACUCUCAAGCUGGUCCUAGUGGCAUUAAAAGAAGAAGGAAAGUAACCCUGGAAAAGGACUUGCUACCUCAAGUCCUAAUGGAAGGGGAUUCCCCUUCUAAACACUAACACCUCUUCCCUCCUUCCAUCCCAUCAAUCAUCACCAGAUCUUCAUUAAAGGUAAGUGUCAAUUAUUUUAUUGUUAUUGUAAUUAUUCUGUUGCAUUAAACUUAAUAUUUCAUGUAGUAAAAAUUUUUUUUUUCAUACUUUUGGGUGUCUUGUAUGGAUUAAUUUGAUUUUCAUUAUUUCUUAUGAGGAAAAUUGAUUCGGUUUUCGAUAUUAUCGGUAUUCGAUGAGCUCUCAGGAAUGGAUUAAUAUCGAAUACCGGGGGUCCACUGUAAUGAAUGAGAGAUUAUUUGGUUAAUAGAAACAGGGAUACAAAAGUAAACCUAUUCAAAAUACAUUUUUCAUAAUUCACAAUUUAUUUCUAUUAAUCAGUGUCAUCAACCAGGAAUGUGCACAAAUUUAGAUUUUUUUUUUUUCAACAAACUGGCCGUAUCCCACCAAGGCAGGGUGGCCCAAAAAGAAAAAUGAAAGUUUCUCUUUUUAAAUUUAGUAAUUUAUAUGGGAGAAGGGGUUACUAGCCCCUUGCUCCUGGCAUUUUAGGUGCCUCUUCCAACACGCAUCGCUUACAGAGGAAGAAUUCUGUUCCACUUCCCCAUGGAGAUAAGGGGAAAUAAACAAGAACAAGAACUAGAAAGAAAAUAGAAGAAAACCCAGAGGGGUGUGUGUAUAUAUAUGCUUAUACAUGUAUGUGUAGUGUGAUCUAAUUGUAAGUAGAAGUAGCAAGACGUACCUGAAAUCUUGCAUGUUUAUGAGACAGAAAAAAGGACACCAGCAAUCCAUCAUGUAAAACAAUUACAGGCUUUCGUUUUACACUCACUUGGCAGGACGGUAGUACCUCCCUGGGCGGUUGCUGUCUACCAACCUACUACCUAGAUGAAUCGGGAAAAAAUCCUUACUAUUUAAGCAUAAGGAUGGUGGAAAAGUGUGAAUUUUGGUCUUAGCCAGGCUAAACCACUCAAGACCUGCCAUAAGAAAAAACAUUGUAGGAAAAUGUAAACACCAGAGUCUUAGAAGAAUUUGUGCUUUCUCCAAUUCCUCUAAUUUAUAUAACUGACUUUCCAGAAGGAACAUAUUUGCUGCUGCAACAUUUGUAUGCGAAUAAAAUGGAAAUCCCUACAAGAAGUCCUUGAUAAAUUUGGGCAAAUGAAUUAAUAGAUGAUGAAAGCUAAAUGUUCAUAAUUGUUAUGGAAAUGGGAGAAAAGAACAGCAGAUGAUGCUAAAAUGAUAUUAGCUGAUAGAAGGAAAAGAGGAGACAAUAACCUCAGUACAUAUAAAGUUAAUACAAGCAUACAAAAAUAUAUUUCUUACUGCUAUUAAUGGAGAUAGAGAAACAGACCACAGGUGUAGACUAAAAGUGAUGCCAAAGGAUAAUAGAAAGUUUGUCUUUGCAAACUGUGGUAGACAGUGGAAUUGGAUACAAGAGGACAUUGUAGGGCUACAACCACUGGAAACUUAAAUUAUCUAUUGUAUACAAUACUGUAUUAAACACUGAAGACAGAACCUAUAAGCAUAGCUGCUUUUGUAGAUACAAAUACAUAGAUUUCACAAAUAAGCAAACAUAUACACACACAUAUUGAACACAUACUCAGUACCUUUAUAAAAUGUUUCCACCGUACUUGAGAAAAGGGUUGAUGUUGGAUUGUAUAGGGAAUUGAAACCAAAGCCAUUUUGUUAUGUCUGUCAAUAGUGUUGGUACCACCAUAUGCUUUAUAAUAAACCUUAUUUUAAGCAAAUUUUCCAUCCUCUAUAGUAAUGCUCUUUAGUUUAUACUUUAUUCCCAAUUUUUAGAAUCUUUAACUCUUAUAAAUGUGAAACUGUAUUUUAUAUACCUUUUCGCUGUCUCUUCUAUUGAAGCAUUACCUUUGUGUGUUUUAAUUUUUCACGUUAGUUACCAACGGAUAGUAUACUUUGUUUACUGUUUUUUGAAUAAAAUGAUCUCCAUUCACUUAAAAGUACAAAAAAAUCUUGAUGUUCAUGUAAAGAAUGUAUGAAGUACCUUAGAAGUGUUUAUGUCUUUGAUCUUAGUAGUUAUAAAAUAUAGGAAAAUGUAAGUAAGUAUGAGAGUUAGAGUUUUGUAAUCAGUCUUAAGGUGAACAUAUUUUACAAACUUUCAGGAAUUUAUAUAAAAGUAGAUAAAUAAUCUGUCGUAAUAUAUAUUUAUAUGAAGGGGGAUUUUAAUGACUUUCCAUUAUGAAGAACAAAUUAGAUAAUGACUGCAUGAGGAGCAUAAUAUCUGAAUAUUGAAUUUGUACAUACAAAGUUACUGAUGUAAUGGUAAGGACAACUAUAAAGAAUAUUUGAAUUGGCUUAAAACAUAUUUUUUUAUGUUAAUCAUUGAUAUUACAGAGUAAUAAAUAAUAGACAUUG